UCGUCACGCGCUGGAGGCAUCACUUCCGGUUUGGAAUAACAAGGAAGCAGAGGAUGUUUGAAACCUCAGCAUUGCUUGUUGACAUGGGUACAACGCUGUGAGCUGCCUGAAGCGGAAGGUCCAUGCUCGUCAAAGCCGACUUUUUUCUGUUCUGUUUGGCGUGGACAACUAUGGCCCAGCUCUUGGCACAAGAAGAAAAGGAAAAUGCUGCACUAAAAGAUUUGUUAUCCAGGAUUGACUUGGAUGAGCUGAUGAAGAAAGACGAACCUCCGCUCAUCUUCCCCAAGACUUUGGAGGAGUUUGAAUACGCCUUUAAUGAGCGAGGCCAGCUGCGGCACACGCACACCGGAGAGCCGUUCGUCUUCAACCACAAGGAGGAUAUGCACCGGUGGAACCAGAAAAGAUACGAGGCGCUGGGCGAGAUCAUCACGCAAUAUGUUUACGAGCUCCUGGAGAAGGACUGCAAGCUGAAGAAAGAGAUGCUCCCGGUGGAUGCAACAGAGUGCGAACCGAAGAGCUUCAUCUACAUGAGCGAGGACGCUCUGACUAACCAGGACAAGCUGCUGGUGUUGAUCCAGGGCAGCGGCGUGGUGCGAGCAGGCCAGUGGGCUCGACGCCUCAUCAUCAACGAGGACCUGGACAGCGGCACGCAGAUCCCUUUCAUCAAGAAGGCCGUGCAGGAGGGCUACGGCGUGAUCGUGCUGAACCCCAACGAGAACGCGCUGGAGGUGGAGAAGGUCGGGGAUCCAUCUGCCGACGCAUGGGACGAACCGGCGGAGAAACGCGAGCGCAAGGAGGAGUGCGAGGGAAAGAAAAAGAAAGACGGGUACGAGAAGUACCGCAACCCACAGAAGGAGCGCGAGACGAAGCGCAUCCCGAUCCGGGAAAACAGUUCACCCGAGGAGCACACACUCUAUGUGUGGGACCAUUUCAUUUCCAGAUCGCUCGCCAAAAACAUCUUUGUGGUUGCUCACAGCUAUGGAGGGCUGUCUUUCGUGGAGAUGAUGAUCCAAAGAGAAGAUGAUGUGAUGUCACGUGUGCGUGCAGUGGCCAUGACCGACUCGGUUCACAACGUGUGGCACCAAGACCCCAGCAGAUCCACCAAAGACUGGCUGAAAGAGCGGUGCUGUAACUGGGUGUCGAGUCCUGAGCCGUUGGAUACCCCAGUGGACUCAUUGCUUCCUGACUGUCGUCGCCGCUCAGCAGGCACUGAGAGGCACGAGCUGACCUCAUGGAAUAGCUUCAAGUCCAUCUUCCGAUUCUUCAACGAACAUCUGCAGGCACGAAUGGAGGAGGACGGGGACGAGGGCAACGUGGAGGAGCGAAAGGAGGAGCAGAGGGAGGAGCACAAAGAAGAGGAGAGGGAGGAGCAAAAAGAAGAGCAGAGGGAGGAAGAGGAAGAUCACUCUACCACAGUGACUACCCAAAAAUGUGCCAAACAUGAGGAUUUAUAGAAAACUCUGGAAUAGCAUCAGACUUUCUUGGUCAGGCCGCUCUCGAUUGAAUAUUUUUGCUUUUAAUGCUUUUAAAGGGUAGCACCUCCUUCUAUAUUGUCUGAUGCCUUAGAGUUCGGGGUCGGCGCGUCAUAAUAGCAUCAGAAUAGCAUCAGAAUAGCGUUUUGCAUUACACAACUAUCAAAGCAAUAUAUACUGCUUGUGCCUCCCCCUGAGCUGCUCUGUGGGUUUGGUGGCCAUAUUAAGGCUGUCAGGUGACACUGCACAGUACAUAGCGCUGCAAAGUGUCCAGACAUCGCGCUAAACUCACGUAAUGCACACACACACACACACAGGUUUAACCCACAGUUCAUUUAGCCCACUUUAAGCCUGAAAAGCUCUGUUUUUUUACAUUCAGUUUUACCCAGUUUUACAUUGAUAAGGGUGCUGGCAUGCCUAAUAAAUUUUCAUCCUUUCCAUUGUGGACUCAUGCGUAUUAGCACUACAGCAUUAAAGGAACUUGCACUGCGUAGAGAUUUGCUUGGGAAAGUACACAUUAGACGCGGGAUUUUUCCACGCCACGUGCCUCCGAAAGAAGCGAAUCCUGAAUACCAGGUAAUAAUGUGCGUCUCACGACUCGUAUAUAUUCCUUACACUCAUCCCCACAUCAUCAGGAUCAAUCAUAUAGAAGUAUUUCAUCUAAAAUAACCUAAAGCCACAUAUCAAGAAUGAUUUUUAGCCUUAUCUUUUUAUUUUUUAUUUUUUAAAAGACACUUUGGAAUAUCUGACCUUUCCCACGUGCUAUCAAAAGGAGGGUUAAUCAUUUCUAAAUCAUAAAACCAGUUCUUUUAAAUGUGCGCUUUUUCAAUGUGACGUACACGCCUGGUAAGUCUCACAAUUUAACAACACGCUGACAUCCGCUGCUUUUGCUAAAGCACAUAAUGUCACUUUCUUAGCAUAAACAAAAGACAAACAGAACAAUGUGGGAUUAGGCAAGACUUAAGCUGUCGCUUAGACAUGACAGCACGUCACCCUGCUUCAACUAAAACUUUGCCACAUUUUUAUUUUUGACGUUGGAUGAUUUGAACCUUUGUAAGCACAAUUUGCAUAUUUUAACAAAUUUGACCAAAUUACCAACUUUUAGCCGGAAUAAAUGAGUGAAACAUUUUAAAACCUGAACUGCCUUUAGUGUUUUGUCUACAUCAUUAUUAGGCUAGUAUUACAUUCCGCCUUAAAACGAAAUACUAAAGUGGUUGUGUAUUACAGCUGAACUGGAAAGUAAAAAUUUUGGAAUUUGAAUAUUGCUGCCUUAAAAUAAAUGACACUUCUUUUUUUUUUUUCUUUUUGGUUCUUUUCUUUUCCUCUGAUGCAUUCAACUAAGCCAUCAGUUGAUUAUUGGCAAGAAGUGCAACCUUAAACCAAAAUCUAAAUAUAUGUUUCAUAUAUAAGUCAUGAAUCUUAGCCAUUCUUAUUUUUUAAUCUUGUUAUUUCUCAUUUUUGUAAAAUCCUAUUUGCUUUCAAUAGACACAUGGUUUGUUUUUUUUUUACAAAUAAUAAUAAUAAUAAUAAUAAUUAGACUUUUUAUUCAUCUUGUAAAUUGUUGUUUUUUUUUUUUGUUUUUUAAACAAAAUCGCUAGAAUGAAUGGAAGUAGUUUUCAAAUCGUCGUCCAACUUUGACGCAAGUGUAAUUUGUCAUUUCCGCCUCUCUUUUUUUGUUUGUUUGUUUGUCUCGUAUCUCAUAAAGACUGGGGUUACUUUUUACCUACUUAUUUUCUCUUCAUUUUUGCCUCCUGAAUUGCCUUUGAAACAAAUAAACGCUUUUUAACAACA